GCCACCGAGUGGUAGCAAUGUGACACGCAACUCCGCGUCCAAUCUGUUGCAAAGAUAUACUAGCAGUAUAAAUACCAAGAUGUGGGCCAUUUAUCGCGCGCGGACAUAGAAGCAGGCUGGUUGCUGUAUUUGCUGGACUGAUGCCUAGGAUGAAACUGCGUGAGCAGUCUAACUCCAGCAAGUUUUCAAAAGAUGUAAAGUGGAAUAAAAAUUACGCAAGGUAACCAAUAUGUAACAUAGUGUAAAAUGGAAUUUAUUUGUGUACAAAAAAUUGCAGCCUUACUCAGGCGUUAGCCUGCCCUGGUCGGCAGAGAAGAUGACUCCAUGCAAGUCGGAAUUAAAUACUGAUACUUUGUUAAAAUGUAUGAGGAGAAUUGGGUGAUCGGACACUCUUUCCUGACACCUGUUAAGUUGCAAACGAAGACAAAACCGCUUAAAAUACCAAUGUUUGAUGGGUGAAACGCGUCAGCAAAACCACAGGGAUAAGGUCUUAUGAACACUGAUACUGGAUAGUGUUCAAUCGCGAUGGAGGGUGUUUUAAAAGAUCUGGACUUUUGGUCUAUGAACGAAUCCCUGAGUAACACAACUCUUGGCAACGGAACCGGAGGCAAUCAAACCGUGAACCCUUUGAGGCGCAACGAAGAAGUAGCCAAAGUAGAGGUGACCGUGCUCGCCCUGGUGCUGUUUCUGGCUCUGGCUGGCAACGUGUGCGUCUUACUCGCUAUCCACACUACCAAGCACAGUCAGUCUCGAAUGUACUAUUUUAUGAAGCACCUCAGUAUAGCGGAUCUAGUGGUAGCGAUCUUUCAGGUCUUGCCACAACUCAUUUGGGAUAUCACAUUUAGGUUUUACGGACCAGAUAUUCUCUGCAGGCUGGUGAAGUACGGGCAAAUCGUUGGGAUGUUUGCCUCAACCUACAUGCUUGUUUUGAUGUCAAUAGACAGGUGCUUAGCCAUCUGCCAGCCACUGCGCUCCUUGCAUAGGAGAAAGGACCGCUUCUAUGUGAUUUUCUCCUGGGCACUCAGCCUCUUGUUCAGCGUCCCUCAGAUGUACAUCUUCUCCAUGAGGGACGUUGGAUCCGGGGUGUAUGACUGCUGGGGGGAAUUCGUGCAGCCCUGGGGAGCCAAAGCGUACGUGACGUGGAUUAGUCUUUCCAUCUAUAUCAUUCCGGUGGCCAUACUGAGCUUUUGCUAUGGACUGAUAAGCUUUAAAAUAUGGCAAAACUUUAAACUGAAAACAAAGAGAGAACAUUGUAUUACGCUCACCACUAUGGCUUCAAAAGGCACUGAGCUUUCGCGGGUGAGCAGCGUAAAUCUAAUCUCCAAAGCAAAGAUCACAACUGUGAAAAUGACUUUUGUGAUAGUCGUGGCAUAUAUCGUUUGCUGGACUCCCUUUUUCUUCGUGCAGAUGUGGUCAGCUUGGGAUCCUGACGCACCCAGAGAAGAGAUGCCCUUCAUUAUUUCUAUGCUGCUGGCCAGUCUCAACAGCUGCUGUAACCCCUGGAUCUACAUGUUUUUUGCGGGCCACCUAUUCCAUGAUCUGAGGCAGCAUUUCCUGUGCUGCUCCAGGCGCUACCUGAAGCCAUCCCAGUGUAACUGCGAGCACGUCCACCACAGAGGUCCUGCAGCCAGCGUCCUGAAGCCUGGGCUGUUCUUUCUACUUUUUAAGCAUACUUCAGCGAUACAUCGCCAUGACAUCCUCUCUCAUCAUCCUGUGCAAAGGCUCACUCAAUAAUAUUGCACUACUUUUUAUAUAUACCAUCUAGAAAAUAACGAGAUGACUAAAUAAUAUUUCAUAUAUCUGUGUAUGUAGCUGUUGUACAUGGUGUAGAUUGCAAAAUUGUUUAUUAGAAACUAUUAUGAAGAACACACACUUAGGUUUCUUUUAAAAAUAUAGGUCCUAUUUAUCUAAGCUGUUCAUCCUUUGACAGUGUCUGUGUAGGUUUGUUUCUGGGCGUGUUUAAUCUUUAACAGAAAAAAAUUGGACAAAGCAAAAAAAAUGAAGUUCUAUGGGGACCAGUAAAAAGGUGGGAACAUAAAUUAGAUGAUUAUUCUGACAUUACACAAUGCUUCACUUAAGGAGCAGGUCACAUAUUUGUGUUGUAUUGACCUGGGAUGUAGUGGGUUUGCGUGUCAGUGGAAAACAUUCAUGAUGGUAGUGGUCGUCUGAAAAAUAGAAAGGUAUUUAGAUAAAGGAAAAUUGAUACUGUUGGUUUUUAAAUUCGAUAUGAAGGUACUUUGUCUGUAACUGCAGUUUGUUGUUGGAUCUUCUUGUUCCUAUUGUCCUUACAUUAGGUCAUAUGGAUUUACCAUUUGUACAUUUUAGGAAACAUUUCACCGCAGGGUCAUUGCAAGAUAAAAUUGUUUACCACAU